AACAGCAUAGUCUGAGAAAUCUUGAAGGCAGAAAUCGUAAAGCGCGAAGGAGAUAAGAACUCGGGUUGGGUUUCUUGUUCAAAUCCAUGACUAGAACGCGAAGAAACACUAUUUUCAGUAGGGCCAGGUUCCGAACCUCACCCCAACCCUCCGAUUCGGACGACGUUAAUGGAGGCUCUAGUUUCAAGGGAGGUGACAGGACACGUCACCAGAGCCCUGAAGCUCAUGAGAAAGGUAGCGAUGGAGGGUAUGGCCUCCGGGAAAAGAGUCCAAUUUUGGGGGAGAAUGAAGCUGAUAGUUCUGUAGAUCGGUUAAAGUCUGAUGCUUGUAUUGUCUGUGAUGGAAAAGACAACCAGCUACUGGUAUGUAAUGAAACCGGGUGUCCUGUCUCCAUUCAUCACAGAUGUAUGCCUGAAGAACCUGAUUUCGAUGAACUCGGGAACUUUUAUUGCCCGUAUUGUUGGUAUAAGCAGCUAGUUGUGAAGUCUUUGAAGUUCCAGGAGAAGAUUAUGAUGGCGGCUGAGGAGUGCGGGAAGGCGAGAGAUAUAUCAGUAGGUGUAGAUAUGGCUGUAACGGUGGGUAGGAGUGGCAGGAAAACUGGGAAUGUAAUGGAGGUAGAUAUGUCCUUAGGUAGAAUGGAGAAUCUUAACCCUUGUGAGAAUAGAGGGGAAGAUGAUGAAUUAGGUCAUCCAUGUGCAGAGUUAGAGACAAACCAGCAAAAUCAAACAGUGUUUGCUGAAAUUCGUGCGCCGGGAGUUGCUAAUAACGAUGAAAGAGCUCAAGGGCAGGAUUCUGAUGUGGGUGAGGGGAAGAAGCGGCGUGGAAGACAAGGGAAGGGUUUGAGGAAUGAUGAAGAAGCAAAGGCAGACCUUGAACCAUCUAUUUCUUCCCCUAUAUCGACAAAUAAUGUUAACGAAUCUGAUACAUCUGAUCAAGAACGAUCAAAUGAAGCACGGUCUCGCCAUGAUCCUGCUGCUUCUCCAAAGGACCCUUUUUUUGGGCCUGAAAAAUGUUCAAGAAGAAGCAAAAGUUACCAAGAUAAAACUGCAACUGAGUGUUAUGAUCUCAGGCAAAGGAAGGAUAGUGCAUACAAUGACAAGAAGCGUAAGCGGCUGUUUUGGACGCCGGAAGAAGAAGAAACGCUUAGGGACGACGUUAAUGGAGGCUCUAGUUUCAAGGGAGGUGACAGGACACGUCACCAGAGCCCUGAAGGUCAUGAGAAAGGUACCAAUGGAGGAUAUGGUCUCCGGGAAAAGAGUCCAAUUUUGGGGGAGAAUGAAGCUGAUAGUUCUGUAGAUCGGUUAAAGUCUGAUGCUUGUAUUGUCUGUGAUGGAAAAGACAACCAGCUGCUGGUAUGUAAUGAAACCGGGUGUCCUAUCUCCAUUCAUCACAGAUGUAUGCCUGAAGAACCUGAUUUCGAUGAACUCGGGAACUUUUAUUGCCCGUAUUGUUGGUAUAAACAGCUAGUUGUGAAGUCUUUGAAGUUGCAGGAGAAGAUUAUGAUGGCAGCUGAGAAGUGUGAGAAGGCGAGAGUUAUAUCAGUAGGUGAAGAUAUGGCUGUAACGAUGGAUAAGAAUGGCGGGAAAACUGGGAAUGUGAUGGAGGUAAAUAUGUCCUUAGGUAGAAUGGAGAAUCUUAACCCUUGUGAGAAUAGAGGGGAAGAUGAUGAAUUAGGUCAUCCAUGUGCGGAGUUAGAGACAAACCAGCAAAAUCAGGCAGUUGCUGCUGAAAUUCAUGAGCCGGAAGUUGCUAGUAACGGUGAAAGAGCUCAAGGGCAGGAUUCUGAUGUGGGUAAGGGAAGAAGGCGGCGUAGAAAAUCUGGUGGUCGACAGGAAAGAGGGGAGGAGGAGGAGGAGGAGGAGGAGAAUGGAGAUCAGUCUAAUAGGCGGAAGAUGAAGAAAACGAUGAGGUCGAGAAAGAGCAAGAGAAGGGUUUGAGGAAUGAUGAAGAAGCAAAGUCAGACCUUGAAACAUCUAUUUCUUCCCCGAUAUCGACAACUAAUGUUAACGAAUCUGAUACAUCUGAUCAAGAACGAUCAAAUGAAGCACGGUCUCGCCAUGAUCUUCCUGCUUCUCUAAAGGACCCUUUUUUUGGGCCUGAAAAAUGUUAGAGAAGGUGUUCACCAUCAUCCAUCUAUGGCGCAGAGCCACAUCUCUUACCGUCUUGUCUCUAAAGUGACGAUCAAUUGUAACAUACAUAUAAACCUUCUCGUCGUCUGUAUAGGUAUCAUGUGGAGAGAAGUAUCUAUAAAUUCAAGUUGAAUUCAAUAAAGAUACAUAAUUUCA